AGAGCGUAUACGGGAACAUAGAGUUCCGUGUUAUGCACAUGGCUUUCCACUGAAUUUACUUAGCCCAGCCUUAGCUGUCACAGUGGGAGUAAGAUGCAUAAGGCUGAAAAUGAACUAGUUUAGCAUUUAUCAAAUGAAAACUCAUUUGUGUCGAAUGUAUUUUGAUACUUAAAUCAUUCGUCAGUCUGAGAGCAAAAGAAAGCUAACAAGCAGCAACACGGACACAAAGCCAACAUAACCACAUGAAGUUUGUCAGCCGUCGUUUCGAGUCAGCUAACGCUUUAAAUUUGCGAAAACGACUGGGGUUUAAUUAGUGAUCGCCUACUUUGAACUUGCUUUAUUGAUUGCUGUGCACAAUAAGAAUACCGCUAGUUAAAAGUAUUUAUGCUAAUAUAACGCUACAACUAAAGCUGAUGAACGUUUUGUUGUCCGUCUGACAAGCUGUAACGGUAUAGGUAGCUAGCUAGUUAUUUUGUUCUGGUUUUGACUAAAUGCUUGCAAGAUGGGCAGUCCGUUGCUUUGACUUAACCAUGGUGUUGACCACGAGAAUGGUAUUUGUGUUGCUGCUGUUUAAUGUAAUGUAGCUUUUCGUCGGAGAAGAGUGUUGGUACGUUAAUUGCCAUAUUUUGUGACAUAACGUUAUUGUAGUUGUGUAAGCUCUAAACGAUGCUCUUGAAAGUGUUACCGUUGGACACUGGCGACGCAGGAACGCAGAGAUGCAGGUUGGGGCCAGGUUUAAUGGCAUCCCUGGGACUGCGGAUUGGGUCCCCGGUUCAUAUCACCAUCUCUGGAGGGGAAUGCCUAUGUACUGCAUGGCCAAGGAGUGACCAGGCCGAUGGCUUUUUGCAGUUAGACACAAAAUGUACAACAAAGGAUCUCAAAGCAAUCAAUUUCAACAACCUGUCUGUCAGUCUAGAGCAAAUCAAAGCAAUAUGUUCUCAAAAGCUAAAAGGUGUGAGAGUGAAUGUAGUUGUUCAAUGCAUAGAGGUUAAGAAACAUUCAUCUGGUUUCAUUCAUGACCUUGUGAAAGAGAUGCUUCGAGGAAUGUGUGUAGCGAGGCAGUAUAUUGUUGAUGUUAGUCAUUUGAAAACACAAGUGGAGCUUAUUCUGAUUGAGCAUAUAGAUCCGUUCUGCACUGACAGUGGCUUUAUCACUUCUAAAACCAGCGUGAACAUAGGAGAGAUCAAAACUCUCAACAACUACAGAUGCGAGCUUCAGAAAUCACCUAGCAUCUUAUUGGGAGGAUUGGAGGACGUCUGUGCAUCACUGAAAGAAAUUCUCAGUUUGCCCCUCCGCUACCCUGAAACACUGCAAAAGCUGGGUCUUUCUUAUCCUAAAGGGGUGCUCCUUAUUGGUCCUCCAGGGGUUGGCAAGACCAUGCUAGUAAGAAAUGUGGUGAUGGAAGUUAGUGCCGCUUUGAUAACAGUUAAUGGGCCUGUGAUUCUGGGGUCCAGGCCUGGAGAGAGUGAGGAAAACCUAAGGAGGACAUUCAAACAAGCAAGUGAGGCUGCCCAAGAAGGGCCGUGUGUCUUGUUCAUAGAUGAAAUUGACUCAUUGUGCCCGAGGCGAGCUGGCUCAACUAGUGCUCCUCAGAACAGGGUGGUAGCACAACUGUUAACGCUUAUGGAUGGCAUUGGUAGCGAUGCACGUUUUGUCAUCAUUGGAGCCACCAACCAACCAGACACUUUGGAUCCUGCCUUGAGAAGGCCAGGAAGAUUUGACAGAGAGGUCAUCAUUGGUGUGCCAACACUUCACCAAAGAAAGUCUAUCCUGGACGUGCUCAGCUCUAAGAUGUCCCUCUCUGACGAUGUGGAUUUUGUUGCAUUAGCUGAAAUGACCACAGGGUAUGUGGGAGCUGACCUGAGUGCACUCUGCCGAGAAGCUGCUUUGCAAGCCAUUCUUCGUGGCUCCCAGGAUUCUCAGAGUCAAAAGAUAGAUAUGAAACAUUUCCUUGAAGCACUAAAGAAGGUUCAGCCCUCCUGCCUUAGAAGCAGCAUCGGACUAACCGAUUUCAAACCAAUCUCCUGGGACCAAAUAGGUGGAUUGGAAGAUGUCAAACUAAAACUGAAACAGAGCAUUGAAUGGCCCAUGAAGUUUCCAGAAGCCUUCAUCAGGCUUGGUCUAUCCCGUCCACGUGGUGUCCUGCUGCAUGGUCCUCCCGGAUGCGCCAAAACCACGCUUGUAAAAGCUGCCGCCUCUUUCUCGCACUGUGCUUUCCUGUCUGUCAGUGGAGCUGACCUCUUCUCACCAUUUGUUGGGGAUUCAGAAAAAGCCUUGGCUCAGCUCUUCCGUCAGGCCCGAGCCUGUGCUCCAUCCAUCCUCUUCCUUGAUGAGAUUGACUCCAUCCUGGGCUCCCGCUCUGACAGUAGAGCGCCCCACAGUGUCCAGGCAAGGAUGCUGUCUGUGCUGCUUAAUGAGCUGGAUGGAGUGGGAUUUAAGGUCCAGGAGAGGAGGGGGACACAGAGGGAGAGUUGUCAUCUUGAGGGAUCCACUGAGUUCCAGCAGGAGCAACAGAUGGACUGCCAGGAAGUAUGCAACCAGGAUGUAAUGAUUGUAGCUGCAACGAACAGACCUGGCGCGCUGGACAGUGCUCUGCUACGACCAGGCAGGCUGGACCAGAUCAUCUAUGUGCCACCACCUGACAUGGAGGCCCGGCUGGCUAUCCUAGAGAUCUGCACUAAGAGGAUGCCUUUGGAGCCUGAUGUCUGUCUGAAAGAGCUGGCACGGCAAACCAUUCUAUUUUCUGGAGCUGACUUGGAAAAUCUCUGCAAAGAGGCAGCACUGUCGACACUACAGGAAGAGGGCAUGGAUGCUUCCAGCAUAAAACACAGAUACUUUAUUAAAUCACUGCAAAGUAUGACACCUUCCCUCAAGGGCCAGCAAAUAGACCAUUAUCAGCAACUGUUCACAAGUUGAAACCUAACCCCUGCAUUCUUUCAUUUUAUGUGUCUUUUGAUAAAAAGAUAUGUCUAUUUUAGCAUUUACUAUAAUUUGUACUGUUACAUAUUUUUAAGAAUUUUAAGAAAACAAACCAAUAGAAAUAAUUUCAUGCCAAGACCCUUUGGCUUAAAUGAAGAAAGAAUAAACUGUGAAGUGAAUGCUGAAAUUCUGUUUGUUGAUUCUGUAAAACAAGUGCUGUGUCCUGGAACACAACAUCAAGUUUUGAAAUGGCCUGAUCAAAAGACUGGAUGUCAGGAUGCUGGGUGGCUCAUCCUAAUAACCUUAACUGUUUGUUCGAUCAAAUAGUAGACCACAUUUGACUUAAAAGCAAUAUAGUUCAAAAACUUGUGGGAUAGUUGAAGGCACUGUUUGAGUGCAUGGAUGGAUCCCAAGGCCUGGUGUCAAAUACAAACCAUAUGCCGGCUUUGGUGAGAAGUCAUGUGUGGCAAUGCACUAUUGGCUGUAGCAUCGCCUAGCGAUGGAAGGGGUUUCAGUUGGUGCACCAACAGCCCACAUUGGUUGAUCCGGUGCCCACAAGUCCCCCUAUUUGCUGCACAUUAAAGGCCUGAUUUACUAAGGCCAUUAGCAUGCGCAAAACCUUUCACCACACUCAAAACCAAUGAUGCAACCAAUGAUUGGGACAAAAUAAAUACCAUGACCACUCGCUAAAUCUGGCCAUACGUGGUUUCCUCCAUCUCAUGUCUCUAUAAUCUUGACUUACGGUAACUGCGGUGUGAUAAGUGGUGCUGUAACAUUAUGUUAACUUUAUGGAUUGUAGGACAGUGAGAUAAUGAACAGUAUCAUUUUAGACUGGCUUCUGCUGAAUUGUAAAAUUGCAGUUGUCGGGUUUAGAUUAUUUUACAGCUCGAUAACAGAAAUCAAUAACACACCGGACCAGAUCAACUGUCAUUGUGUUGUAUUUUGUGUUCUAUGAAGUAUACAGUGAUCACCCAAGAUAUACAAAUUCAAAAGAUUCUUUAUCAGGCAGUUAUGAACAGCAAGUGAAAAUUAGAAUUUUCUCAAUUUUUUUUAUUCAUGAUUACCAGAGGGAUACAUUUCACAAGUGAUCUGUGAAUGAUUGCUUUGGUCCAGUUUCUUUUGGGUGCAGUCAGAUUACUUAUCAAUGUCUGACUUUGACUUCUCUGUCUACAAGGAUAUCUUUGACCCAUAAAACCAGGCUAAAGUCUGAGAUGUCAAAACCAUGGGCUGACCCAGUUCUCAUACUGUUCGUUAUCUGUGAGAGAUGUUUGAUACAUAUUGGCUGUUUACUGGAUGUCUUAGAACAGUGUUUCACAAAUAGGGUCCUGGUGAACUACUGUGCAUUACUGUUGGUCUCCAUUUUAAAAAAAUGCCUGACAACAUCUGUGUGCUAGUUGCCUUUUAAGCCGUGCAUUAAGUGUCUGUAUCCAACUCGUGUCUGUGCAAGCCAGAUUUGUCAACUGCUGUGUGUAAAUAAAAAGUGGAUAGCUGAGA